AUGAUUUAUGACCUUGAUGAUUUUUUCCCGUUUAUUGAAUUUAUUCUUAAAAAACAUAUUGUUAUAGUUGGUGAGCCCAUUAGAGGAGAAAUUUGGAAGCUUUACCUUGUGUUUGUUGAAUUUUGCAACCAACUCAAUUUUCAACUUCCAACCCAAGAUUUUAGGGGAUACAUAAUGCAAUUCAACGAGAUUAGUGAUGAUUCAAUUAAAUUAAACAAAAAAAUAGAAUAUCUAAGCACAGUAGAGUUUUUAAAAGAAAGGAUUGAGUGGAUUGGCAUUGAUGCUGUAAGAAUAUUAAAGAGUAAAAUUAAUUGUUACGAGUCACAUAUGGGGAGAAAAAAGAAGAACUUGGUCACUAUUCAUCCUAAAAUAUCAAGAACAUUAAAAGACUUUAUUGACAACAAGAGUUUUACAAGAGUAGACUUAAAAUGUGCUACUCGAUUAAACCUUGAGCUAAUGUUAGAGUUCAUUGAUAGACCUUCGGCUAAAACCAUUCUCGGUAAAGCAAGAGCUCGCGAGAUCACACCGGUCAAUGAUUUUCCAAAAGUUUGCAAUGACCACAAGCAUGCAUUAGUAUUAUCAAAUAUUGCUUUCGGCCGCAAAGAUCUCCUACAAAUCACACCACCACAAUGGAUAAGUUGCGACGUGCGGCUCUUGCCAUUCAGAGUCUUGGGUAAAUUUGCAGCCAUUAUAUCUGAUCCGGCAUGGGACAUUCACAUGUCAUUACCGUACAGUACAUGCAAAGAUGAUGAGCUACUCAAUUUACCCAUGUGUGAGUUGCAAGAUGAAGGGAUUAUCAUGUUGUGGGUAACCGGGCGAUCCAUUGAGAUUGGACGCCGAGCUUUGACUAAAUGGGGUUACACUGUGAGCAAUGAAAUGAUUUGGAUUAAACUUAAUCAAUUGAAGCGGACAAUUGUAACAGGGAGAACCGGUCAUUGGCUUAACCAUUCGAAAGAGCACUUGCUUGUAGGAUUAAAAGGAAAUCCUUCGUGGCUUAAUUACAAAAUUGACACCGACGUUGUUGCAAGUAACACGAGGGAGACAUCUAGGAAACCGGAUGAGCUUUAUGAAAUUAUUGAGCGGAUGGUAGGAAAACACGCACGAAAACUUGAGAUUUUUGGAAGAAUGCACAACACAAGGCCAGGAUGGCUAACCAUUGGCAGUCAAUUACAAGGUGUGUCCUUGUCCGAGCCAGAGGUUAUACAAAGAUAUAAUAUGUAUAUGAAGUCGAGUACAUAA